GGGGGAGUGAGAGAGAUUUAGAAGGAAAGAGAAACUGCCAGAGGUUGUAGAGAAGGGAUUGAAGGCUGAGAAGACACAAGAGAAAGAAACAAGGCAAUACAGAAGGGGACACACCCCUAGAAGGUGACAGGGAGCAAGAAGGGAGUCUGAGGAAUCUCAGGGGGCUGGGAAAACCGUUUCAGACAGAGAGAGACCAAGGUAACCCUCCAUCAGCUUCACCAACCUCUGCUGGGCAAGGACCCAUCGGGGUGCAAAGGGUGCCUCAGGCUGGUUCCUCUUUGGGGAGUCUAAAUAAGGGGUGCCUAUAAGGGCCAGCUGAUACCAGGCAACUCUUGAGAUGGAGCGCAGGGCUCUCAAGAGCACGGAGGAUGGGGACACAGAGGAGGACACAGCCAUGGCCCUGCAGAGGCUAGUGGAGCUAACAGCCAGCCGGGUGACCUCAGUAAGAAGCCUGCGUGUACAGUACCUUCUCAUCCGAAAGCUAGGUUCCGGUUCCUAUGGCCGUGUGCUCCUAGCCCAGCCCCGCCAAGGAGGUCAAACCGUGGCUCUUAAGCUCCUCCGACGGGACUCAGUCCUGAGAACAACUUUCCUGAGAGAAUUCUGUGUGGGCCGCUGCGUCUCUUCACAUCCAGGCCUACUGCAGACCCUGGGAAGGCCCCUGCAGACACCCCGAUAUUUUGCCUUUGCUCAGGAGUAUGCACCCUGUGGGGAUCUCAGUGGAAUGCUCCAGGAGAAGGGCCUCCCAGAGCUGAUGGUGAAGCGGGUAGUGGCCCAGCUGGCUGGAGCCCUGGACUUUCUCCACGGCCGAGGGCUAGUGCACGCAGAUGUCAAGCCAGACAAUGUGCUAGUCUUUGAUCCUGACUGCAACAGAGUAGCCCUGGGUGACCUGGGUUUGACCCGACCUGAAGGCAGCCCGACCCCUGCUCCCCCAGUGCCUCUGCCCACUGCACCACCUGAACUCUGCCUCCUGCUGCCACCGAACACACUUCCCCUGAGGCCAGUUGUGGACUCCUGGGCCCUAGGUGUGCUUCUCUUCUGUGCCGCCACCGCCUGCUUCCCUUGGGAUGUAGCAUUGGCUCCUGAUCCUGAGUUUGAGGCCUUUGCCGGUUGGAUGACCACUAAGCCCCAGCCCCCUCGGCCACCAGCACCUUGGGACCAGUUUGCACCCCCAGCUCUGACCUUGCUCCAGGGACUUCUGGACCUGGAUCCUGAGACUAGGAGUCCUCCACUGGCUGUCCUAGAUGUUUUAGGGGACGAUUGGGGGCUGCAGGGUAGUGAAGAGGGAUCUGAAAGCUUGGGGAAUGUAUCCUACAAAGAUGGGGAGGAAGAAGAGGGAGGAUCGAGUUUGGAGGAGUGGACUGAUGAGGAGGAAGAUGAAAUCAGAGAUGGUGGGAGGACGGAGGCAGAUAACAGAGCUUCAUGACCAGGUGAUGAGACAGUGGUCAGAACUGCAGCU